UUCUCAAGUUACAUACGGGCUCUUCUUCCGCCAUUUUGUCUUCUUAGGUCGUAAUGUCUUCUCGUUUGUUAGGACUGCACAGAAAUCUUAUACGACAUCGGUUACCGAUAAAUGCCGUUAUACAAACUCGACUUGGUAGUUGGAAAUCGGCUGAAGUAGCAGGGUCUAGAAAAUUAUUGUACGCUCUUCUUGGUGUUGCUGGAGCGAGCGGUGUUGUCACUCUUUAUGGUGUAGCGACUGCUCAAAUCGAUGCUUCUGGAACUGAGGUAGAACCGCCUAGUUACCCUUGGAAGCACAACGGUCUUCUUAGUGCUUUGGAUCACGCUAGCAUUCGCCGUGGAUUUCAGGUCUACACUCAAGUUUGUGCUGCUUGUCACAGUAUGAAUCAGCUUUCUUAUCGUAAUCUUGUUGGAGUGACUCACACUGAAGAAGAAGCAAAACAAAUAGCUGCAGAAUAUAUGAUUACUGAUGGCCCAGAUGAUGAUGGAAACAUGUACGAGCGUCCUGGCACGCUUUACGAUCGCUUUGCAAAGCCAUAUCCUAAUGAUGCUGCUGCUAGAGCUGCUAACAAUGGAUCUUUACCUCGUGAUCUAAGUUGGAUUGUUCCUGCUAGUAGAGGAGAAGAGGAUUAUGUUUUUUCUCUGUUAACGGGUUACUGUGACCCACCUGCUGGAAUCAAGGAAACGGAAGGCCUUACAUAUAAUCCAUACUUUGCAGGUGGCAUGAUAGGAAUGCCACAAGCUCUUUAUCCAGAAGCAGUGGAAUUUGAGGAUGGAACUCCAGCCUCUAUACCUCAAAUGGCAAAAGAUGUAGCAACAUUUCUUCGCUGGGCUGCUGAGCCAUACCAUGACGAGCGCAAACGAAUGGGUGUUAAGGUAAUGAUUGUCAUGACGUUUCUCACAGCAAUAUCUUUCUAUCUGAAACGGCAUAGGUGGACGGCGCUGAAGAGUAGAAAACUUGUAUACAGACCAUCUUGACUGUUUGAUUGUUUAGUCAGUAUAUUGUGCUCACUCACUGUCGGUAAAGUGAUGUACUGAAAGUCAAGAUAUGACUACAGUUACGCUAGCAAUAUGUAUUAUACAUGUUCAUUGGUCAAGUGUAAGACACUCUACUACG